CUCUCUCCAUCGUCCAGUAGAGUUCACUUGCCUUCGCUUCUUCCUCUGCAUCACCUUCAUCUGUGGAAUUUUUAGGGUUCCCUCUCUGAUUUUCUCUGAGUUUGCUUAGAUUUUCGUCGUUCUUCGAUUCAUUUGAAAACAGAAAGAAAUAAAUUUGGUUGGAUUUGGAUCGGUCUACGGGAAGAUUAUAGGGGAAAAAGCAACAGCAUGCGGUGGUGGCUCGGUCUCUCCGUCUACGUCUUCCAAAGAGUCGUCUCCUUGAAUGUCUACUGCCGUGUGAUUCUGUAAAUCUGGGAUCUCGCCUUUGCCAUUAGAACCCUAGAAAUUUAGGGAAAAAAAGCCAUUUCAUAUUACCAUAUGGGAUCGUUCUUCUUCGUCAUCGUUCCUUGCUUCGUUCGCCAAAUCAUCUGAGAUCACAAUCCGUGGGCCUGUUUCUUCUUCGCUUGCUGUUGACCCAUUCAAAAAAUAAAUUAGCGUAGGGAGUAGUAGUUAUGGUUUGCCAAUCAGCGGGACAGACGAGAUUUCGGGCACUCAAGUACGAGAAUGGAAUCGAGGGAAAUUCCCCCAUUAUAGUUAGAGUGAUAGCAUGCUUUCAACCUCUUCGAGAUUGCCAGGCCGAAUACUUUCGUCAGUUGCUCAAGCCCGUCACGUAGAGUAGAUUCAACGUUAUCGUGCUCAAGUUAGGUCGGAGUUUCUUAGUUUUAUUGUUGUAUUGAUUUUUUUUGGAGGAUCUGGAAAUAAACAACUAUUCUUGCGACUAGACAGACAUCCUUUGAUUGUUGAACUUCGCUUUGUUGGAUGGGAAAAGAUCGUGGGUUGUGGUUUCCACCGCAUCAGAGUUUUGGACCAUUGUCUCCUGGAUUGAAUCCAUCAUCUACCCUGUCUCAUUCUGGGCAUCAGGACACGAAUCUCGGGACUGAGAACUUUGCGGCCAACAUGGUUACUGUUUGUGGGUCUUCUCCAGUUUAUGCCCAGUUGCCAUUAUCUCAUGUUGGUGAUGGAGACAAGUCUCACGGUUCGGUUUACGGGUUACCAAACUUGCAACCGUCGUCGCUCGCAACUCCUAAAAAACCCUGUCUGAAGCAGAUUUCAUCUGCUGUCUUGUUCAGAAAUCAAGUAGAGGCCGCAAUGCCUAAAGCUGGUUGUGAAUGUGCUCCCAAAAGAUUCCUUGUGUUUGACCAGUCGGGAGAUCAGACGACUUUGAUCUUCAGUUCUGAUAUCGGGAAACCCUUCGAAGGUUUAACCACUGCUACUGCUCAAGAUAUGAAGCGGAGUCUUCUCAGAACCAGUGAUGAUUUGGUUGUCCAUCAGGGUAUGGUAGCUAGAGAAGUAUUAGCUGAUAAUAGCAAGCCCGAUGUGCAAAGUGAAAUGCACGAGGAUACUGAAGAGCUAAAUGCAUUGCUUUUCUCGGAUGAUGAGAGUGAGUACUCUGAUGAAGAAGAUGAGGUCACGAGUUCAGGCCAUUCGCCGAGUACAAUAUCAGACCAUGUUAACGAAGAAGAGGCAGCUUCUAUCGGGAGCACUGAUGGGAUAUCUGCCUUUGUUAGACACUCCCAGGCUACAAAAAGAAAGCUGUUUGAGCGUUAUGACAACGGGACACGAACAAUGCCGCCUCGAGACACUUCAAACAGUCCGAAACGUAACAGAUUAUGCUUCGAGGAUGGGAAUGACGCUGAAUCGAGCUGUGGCAACACGGGGUAUGUUACCCGUUUCCUGCCACCAAACAAUGAGAAGAUCAGAAAAGAAAAGAUAAGCGAGACCUUGAGUCUAUUGCGCGGUAUAGUUCCCGGUGGAGACAAAGAGGACCCGAUUCUCGUCCUCGACAGAGCCAUCGAUUACCUGAAAUCCUUGAAAAUGGAAGCGGAAACUCUAGGUCUGGAGUCUAGCGGUUCCUUGAAGGUCUAAGGGGCUUUGAUCUAUCUUCGGGUAUGGAUGAAUGUGUAGUAGAACUUGUUGGUCGGGAUGAACGAUAAAACCCUCAGAAUCAUCGGAUGCGUAAGAAGAGUUCAUCGAUCGGUAUGUCUGAAAUCUUGUUGUCUGUUUCAAAGACAGGAUCAGAGCCAAGUUUGGAUUUGUAAGUGCUUUGAUUGCUUGUGGCUUGUAAUGUUUUCCAUUGAUGUGUUUUCUAGUAUUGUAACUUUGGUUCAGUAGUGCAGUUUUUGCAUGUAAGUUGUAGUGGGAAUAAGCAUGUAGGCAUUGUGGCUGCACAAUUAUUAUUCUCCCACCAUUGUAAUUUAUUUUCCACUAUAUUGUUGUUGUUUUUGUUUUUC